UGUUAUAUAUAAUAUAAAUAAUAACAACCGGUAGCUGUGCUAGCAUGUGGAACGAGAACCUGUGGGACAAGAAGCACGUUUUCCUACAGCACUUAAAGCAGUCAGGGACCUGAAUACCUCAUUCGUUUGCCGAGUUAUCUCAGCGGAAACACCGGAGAAAGCAGCAGCAUGUCGGUGGACAGCGUGUUCAGGACCCGCUCUCUCGGUGUGGCCGCCGAAGGUCUUCCUGACCAGUAUGCCGACGGCAAGGCAGCCAAAGUCUGGGAGCUGUACAUCGGAGACACGCAGAGUAGGACGCAGGAAUACAAAAGCUGGGUGGUCGCUCUGCUAAAAGAGCAAAGGGUGAAGAAAGUGCUGGAUGUAGCCUGCGGAACAGGAGUUGACUCCAUCAUGUUGGUGGAGGAGGGCUUUAAUAUGACAAGCGUGGAUGCCAGCGACAAAAUGCUCAAGUACGCACUGAAGUCACGGUGGGAGAGAAGAAAAGAACAAGCUUUUGACCAGUGGGUGAUUGAAGAGGCCAAUUGGUUGACGUUAUCAGAGGAUCUUCCAAAACCAGGCCCUGGCUUUGAUGCUGUCAUCUGCCUCGGCAACUCAUUCGCCCAUUUACCAGACUUUAAAGGGGACCAGAGUGACCAAAAGUUGGCCCUUCAGAACAUUGCCAGUAUGGUGAGACCUGGUGGGAUCCUCAUCAUUGACCACCGUAACUACGACUACAUCCUGGAGACCGGCCAGGCGCCACAAGGCAAAAAUAUCUACUAUAAGAGUGAUCUCACUCAGGACAUCUCUACCUCUGUGCUGUGGGUCAACAAUAAGCCCCAUAUGAUCACUCUGGACUACACCAUCCAUGUGCCCAAGGCCGCUCUGCAAAAUCUACCUGAAGUCAGUAAAUUCCGUCUCUCCUACUACCCUCACUGUCUGGAGAGCUUCACUGGGUUACUGAAGGAGGCGUUCCACGGCAAAAUGGAGCACAGCGUCUACGGAGACUUCAAGACGUACGUCCCUGCCCAGGCCCAGGCCCCCUGCUACUUCAUCCACGUCUGCAAGAAGACCGCCUAGAUGCCACACACGCACACGUGCACACGCACACGCACACACACAGAGCUAUUUGAAUAUGUUUUAAAUCUUUAUAUUUAAUCUUAGAUCUUGAUAAAAAAAAUUAAAAAGCAGCAUAUUUGCAUAUUUGGUGCAGGAAUGAGUCCGGCAAUGAGUUAGCAUUUUAGCACUUGCUGUUUCCUUAAGGUCAACGGGUAUUACAAGCUGAAGAGAUGUUUUAAAUGUGAUCUACGAUAGAAAACACCUCAGUAAAUAGUCCACUGGGGAUUUUCUGGAGCUUCUAUUUGUCUAACAUGAGGCUAAAUGAGACUACUAAACGUGAUCAUGGUGAACAUUAGCCGCCUUUAGCUUAGCGGUGGUGACAUUAAGUAAUCUUUGAAGCAUAACAUUAGCUAUUUACGUCUGUCGGUCCACUUAAAAAACAAAUCAUUAAGUGGUGUUAGUAUCUGGAGAUUAUCCUGCUGAACAAAAUGUGUAGUUAUCAGUAACAUGUGUUUGCCACAGAUCUUAAAUCAAGUGGAAAAAUCCCAUUGCUUUUUGUGGAGGGAGCCCUUUGCGAUGCUAACUUCCGGGUCGGCCUACGUCAUCACUGCACCACUCUGUCAUCUUUUGACUUCUUUUGUCAUGAACAUACGAAAGCUGGAAUGAUAAUCAUAUUUUAAAAAAUGAUCAUGGUCGGGUAAUUCAUGCAUUACUCUGAUUGUAAAAAGUGAGCUAAAAUAUUUGGCUUUACCUGAUACAAUUGGUUGAUUCAUAUCUCACCUUUUUACUUAAUCCACAGUGCGUUCCCAACAUUCUCAAAUAAUAACAGUCUUAAAGGAUCAAAACUGGUUUGAAAAAUAUAUUCAAAAUGUAUCGGACCACUGUCUUGCCCAUAUCUGUUUUUUUCCCAAUGUUCUUUAUGUUGCUUUUCUUUUUCCUCCCUGCUUACUGCCUUUCUGAACUUUAAUAUCCACAAUAAUGUUUUGAAAUGGUGCUGUACAUCAGUGAUAUUCCUCAUGAUGGAACACUUGAUAUUACCAGCAUGUUAUGUACAAAGUGCUUGGAUAUUUUCUUAAACAAUUGAACUUUACCACAAGAGUCUUAAAACUAAAAUUGUGAAUACAACGUACGGUAUGUAGGCUUUCUUUGCUGGAAAUACAAAAGUAACAUAGCCCAGCCAUUUAAGGCAAAUCUGGCCCUGCAUGAUGGCCUUCCUUUCAUUGCAGCCCCCAACCCAUUUUACAUUUUUUGUUUAAUAUUUAUCUUGCAAACCUUGGUGGAGUCCCUAGAAAUACCUAAAAACAGACAGUGAAGAUUUGUAAUCACCCUAAAAAGGCCUGGUUUAUUUUCUGAUCAACAAUCCUCCACCCUUUAGUUUUCUUCUUCCUCGGGACCUCCAUCUCCAGAGCUCCAUCACUUCUGACCUCUGAAGCUCACGAGAGAACGGCUUCUGAUAUUGGAAUUUAAUUUAAUACUUUUUUAGUAGAAAUUAAGGUUUUGUAUACCUGGUCUCUGGCUUCUUAUUUGACGGUACCAUUAAGUUUAAUUUAUUUGAGUCUUUAUAAUUCCUGGUGACUAUUCUUUAUUAGUCCAGGUUUAAUCUAAAACCACUACUCCUUUGUCAUGUAGAAACAAACGUCUUUGAAAUUGUUGUCAACCAAAGAUUAUUUUCUUGGAAUUAAAUUGCGUUAAAAAUGAGAAAAACUUGAAUGUCAAUCAACUGGAAGAAUAAUGUAUUGUGCUGUAUAAUCCAGGUCCAAAUAUAUUUUUGCUGUGACACCAAAUUAAAUGCCAGGGGAAACACAUCUUAUCAUCACGUGGCUGUUUGCCUUAAGAAGGAGCGCAUGGUGCAUUCAAAUACCUCCUGUAAAUGCAGGGUAGAGCAGCGUGUGACUGAGAUCAGUAGGUUCAGAGUGUGGUGAGAUGUAUGGAUGUUUGUGUGGCUUUUAAAGUUUAUGUUGCGAUAAAACCGUUUCACAACAGUCUUAUGUUGCCAAUUCUUAAAAAAACAAGUGUCAACAUUUUAUAAUGAACAAUGAUUAUUGGAAAUAAAAAGAUAUAUUAAAUAAA